CUAAUCAACAUUGAUCGUGAACGGCAGCAUGUCAUUUUCUCUGUGGUUUGCUCUGCUUAUCAGCAGUGGUCUUAUCUCUCUGUGUCAAGGAGAUGCGAGGCAGACCGCAAAGGACAUUGAACAGCUCUACAAUGAGGUCCUGCAAUCCAGUCUUCAAAAUGCUCGAGAGCGAUUAUAUCAUUUGAAUGACAGCAAUGCCAUCGAUAAGCAGUACUUUCAUGAGCUGGAUACAAUCGUGGGCACUGAGAACUACUACAGCACCGCCUACUUUAUAUUUGCCCUAAUCAAUCGUUCCUUGUUCAAUCAGCGUGAAUCCGACAAACUACUACUGGAAGUGUUGCCAUACGAGAAGAUCUCCAUACGCAAUUUUUUCUCCAAAGUUAAGAUAGAAUUGUUAAAUUAUUUGGCAUCCACUCAUCAAAACAAAUUCGAACUAAUGACCAAUGUGACGCGGUGGCAAACUGAAACUGAAGACACUCUUGUGAUUUCCUAUUUGGGGUUCCCACAAAGACUUCAAGAUCAGGUGCCCGAACUGCAAUUAAUGGACUACAUGAAGCAGGCAAAAAGUUUAGUCGAUGGCAUUGUUCAGUCACUCACAAAUAUAUGAAUGCUUUUAAUAUUAA